GUUUUAACACAGUAGCCAAUUGUAUUUCAUCUUCUUCGGUUUCUCCGAAACACCAUUUGAAAAAAAUCCCAUAAAUAAACCCCUCUUUGUUUCUCAUUCUUUUAUUUAUUAAUUUCCUCAUGUGGGCUGUUUUUUCUUGAUUCGUAUCUUCUUCUUCUCUCAUCACCGAGCUAAAGAUCUCUGCUUUAUUGAUUUUCUUGCUUGUUUGUGCAUAAAGUUUUGAUCUUUACAUCUUUCUUGAUAGAUAGACACACAGAUACAUACACAAAUGGCAAAUGCAUAUGGGUUUUUUACACCUUCAGUGCAGAGUGUAAGAGGGAGGAUUAAUCCAUCACCAUCAGUAGGUGUUUAUGGUUCUGGGUUUUGUUCUAACAAGGGGAUUGCUACAAGGGUGUUGUGUUCAAGCAGUGUUGAAGGUGUAGAGAAGCUUGGCUCUGGUGUUUCUGCUUCUGAAUCUAGGGUGCCCAGAUUUGUCAGUAAAGGCUGCAAACUCGUUGGAUGUGGAUCUGCAGUACCAAGUUUAAAGGUGUCCAACGAUGACCUUGCAAAAUUUGUAGAAACCAAUGAUGAAUGGAUCUCUACCCGCACUGGAAUACGAAAUCGACGGGUUAUUUCAGGGGCAGAUAGCUUGACGGGUCUAGCAGCGGAGGCAGCAAGAAAAGCUCUUGAGAUGGCAGAAGUUCACCCUGAUGAUGUGGACUUAGUCUUAUUGUGUACAUCAACUCCAGAAGAUCUAUUUGGAAGUGCUCCUCAGAUCCCAAAAGCACUUGGCUGCAAAAAGAAUCCACUCGCUUUUGAUAUAACUGCUGCUUGUAGUGGAUUCAUUUUAGGUCUCGUAUCAGGGUCUUCUUAUAUCCGAGGGGCCGGAUUUAGAAAUGUUCUUGUAAUUGGGGCUGAUGCACUUUCUCGUUAUGUUGAUUGGACUGAUAGAGGCACUUGCAUCCUCUUCGGGGAUGCUGCUGGUGCUGUAUUGCUGCAGGCUUGUGAUAUUGAGGAUGAUGGUUUAUUUGGUUUUGACUUGCAUAGUGAUGGUGAUGGCCAGAGGCAUCUGCAUGCCACAAUGAAACAAGAAGAAUUGGAUGAUGCAGCAGGCUCUAAUGGUUCAGUAUCAGGGUUUCCUCCUAAUCGGCCCUCUUAUUCAUGCAUAAAGAUGAGUGGUAAUGAGGUGUUUCGUUUUGCUGUUCGUGCGGUGCCACAGUCAAUUGAAUAUGCACUACAGAAUGCUGGUCUUACUGGGUCUAGCAUUGAUUGGUUACUGCUCCAUCAGGCAAAUCAGAGAAUCCUUGAUGCAGUUGCCAAUCGUUUGGAAGUUCCAUUAGAGCGGGUCAUAUCAAACUUAGCCAAUUACGGUAACACAAGUGCAGCAUCAAUUCCAUUAGCAUUGGAUGAAGCUGUUCGAAGUGGGCAGGUGCAGCCAGGCCACACUAUUGCAACAGCAGGAUUUGGGGCGGGUUUGACGUGGGGUUCAGCUAUCAUAAGAUGGGGGUAAAACCAAUUUCAAAGAUCCUUGCAGAUAAAGAACUCAAAAUGUUACAUAUCACAGCUUUUCAGGUCUUUUUUACAGUUAAGUUUAAUGCAUUUGCUUUAGGGAGGUUGCUAUUCCACCAUCUUAUUGGUUCAAUUUUGUUUGUUUGCUAGUCCCCUGGUUUCUUAAACAUUUAGGAUCAAUAAAUUGUAAUUUCCCCCCUCUAAUCUUUAGUUUUCCCCAUAGACCCCCCUGUAAAACUUUUUUGUAUUUAUUUUAAGAAACUUGUUCAA